AUGACUGAGGGUCAGAGUGAGAGUGACAUGCAGCAGGUCUCCCAGGGCUCCUCCCCUUCCCCCCACCACUCUGUGAACUACAACACCCAGAAUGCAUCAUGUCCAGAGUGUCCCUGCCAUGUGGUUGCUGGUGGAGAAGCAGCAGUGUCCUACUCGAGGUUCUGCCGGGCAUUUGGGUUCCCUGUGGGGCCGUCGGGUUCCUCAGACCUGCUGCUGUUCUACGAGCUGCGUGAUUCUGCGGGGGAACUGGUCCAGAGGGGCCGAUCCUCUGGAUGUCCGACCCAGGGAACACACCCUGAGACCUGGCUGUUUGACCUGACCUCUGGGUACCUGUGCUCCGUGCUGGAGGUGUGUGAGGAGGUGAGCUCCAUCCUGGUGCUCAGCAGCCAGGCACCGUCCUGCGUGUGUGCCCAGACCCUGGUCUCCUUCCUGGAGCAGCACCCCUGGGUACGGCUGGAUCUGUUCCUCUCCCAGCGGGCCUCCACCCCCCUCGGCCUCCUGGCCUCCCUGUGGCCUCGCCUGUCCCUCAGCCCCGUGUCUGGCUGCGUCUGGGCCUACCUGCUGGGGAGCUUCGUGAGCGACGCGCCGCCCUCCGCCCUGCAGCGCCCCCUGCUGCCUGGGAGGGCGGCGGCGGACUGGGAGAACGCCGUCCUGAUGUCGGCCUUCGCGGGUGUGGGGCCCGCCUUCCUGGACCUGCAGCCCUGGAGAGAGAGGGAGCAAGGAGGGGGCUGGCCACACCCCCCCCACCCCUCUGCCACCCCGCCCCCCUCCCGGGGGAGACGACCCCCCCCCUCCCCCAUGCGACCCAUCAAUGUGGUCAGACACAUACGGAUGCCCUCCAAGGCGAGGUUACUAACCUCCAACCAGCGGAUAGUUUAG